AUGGCUUUCAGGCAGAGAACACCAACUUUUCGUCCACAACUCACGAUUCGUCGCGUGUACGAGACUUUCCAGCCACGAUCAGAGAUAAAAGAUCUCCCAGAAGCUUACCUUCUACGUGUUUAUCUUCCUGGUUUUCCUAGGGACAGUGUAAAGGUAUCUGUGGCCUCUACACGAGCGGUGAGGAUUACAGGAGAAAGACAAAUCCAAGGCACGAGAUGGUAUCGAUUUGACCAAUCAUAUCCCAUUCCUGAUUAUUGUGAGCCAGGGGCACUGCAGGCCAAGUUUGAAACCCCAGUUCUCACCCUUACUAUGCCGAAGAAGGCCACUCCACAAGCUCCUCCGAAACAAGAAGAAGUGGAAACAUCUCAAGAGCAAGGUGUAGUAGCUGAACCAAAACCUGACGAAAAACAACUAGAUACUACCACCACACCACAACCUACAACUACUAAAGUAGAAGAACCAAUUCAAAGCAAGAAAACUGUUUCCUCACAACCUAAAACUACUCUUGAAGAUACACCAUCUCAGACCCCUUCAGAACCAAUAAAGGAUCAAAAGGGUCAAGUGGAAGCUGUAGAAAGAGUCGGUCCUUCUGGUAUGGGUGAGAAGGAGUUUGAGGCAAAACCAACACCAGCAAGGCGAGCCACAAUGCAAAGAGAUGAAAAGAUUCAGAAGGGCCAAGAAGAGGUUGAGUCAAAACCAACACCGACAGUGCAAACCGAAAUGGAAACAGAUGAAAAGCCUCAAAAGGGUCAAGAUCAGGAAUUUGAACCAAGGCCAACACCAGCAAUGCUAACCAAAGUGGAAACGGCUGAAAAGUACCAGAAGGUUCAAGAGGAAUUUGAACCAAGACCGACACCAGCAAUGCUAAGCAAAGUCAAAACAGCUGAAAAGUCCCAGAAGGGUCACGAGGAUUUUGAACCAAAACCAACUAUGCUAAAAAAGGCCAAAACAGCUGAAAAGCCUCAAAUGGGUGAAGAGAAAUUUGAACCUAAAGCAAGACCAACAAUGGCACCAAACAUCAAAACAGUUGAGAAACCUCCAAAGGGACAAGAGCAAGAUGAGCCAAAACCUGCAAUAACAAAUGUUACCAGAAAGCCAACAGUUAAAGAGCAAUUGGAGGAAAAGAAGACAGAGGAAGCACGUGAUGAAGAUUCUGAAGAAACAAGUGAUGAAGAUUCUGAAAAAACAAGUUAUGAAGAUGCAGAGGAAACAAGUGAUGAAGAUGAAGAUAAGAAAAGGAUCACAAAGAAGGAAGUUAAAGAGGAACCUUCUGAGUCAAGAAAGUUCAUGAAAGAAAAGGAGCAGGCUGAUUUUGGAGAGAAAGAAACCGAGGCAGAAAAAUUGUUAGCCAAGGAAGCAGAAAUUUCUGCUCCAAAAAUUCAGAAGACAAAGGAAAAGCAAUCAAACAACAGAACUUCUCUAAAAAUGGAACUGAAGAGUGAAAAUAAUGCAAUGGAAAGGGUUGGUUCUGUCUCCCAAGUUUUCACAAAAUUUUCAGAAGGGAUAUGGAAUGAAGAAGAGAAAAAAUUAGCAGCAAAUAUUGGUGCUGCUGUUCUUGUCAUUGCUGCAUUGGGAUAUUAUGUCUCUUAUAAGUUUGCCUCUUGA